AUGAAUGAUUUAAUGCAAAUUGUGUAUGAGAGGUUGCGCAUCACAGCGUCUGCUAGCUCAAGAUCUGAAGUGUACUGCCAUUUGGAUCCCGACUAUACACUUCACGGUAUAUACAAGGAACGUUAUACGGACCUUGCCUCACUUGUUCCACCGCCCGCUCUCUAUCGCCAUGCUAUGCUCAAACACACCAGAUCGAGUGAUUCACAUUCUAAUGCGGCCAUUGAUGGUGUGGCGGUCUCUACACACACUGCGGAGCGCCAAGGUGCGGUACACGGCGUAUCGCGACCGAAUAGGAGCAGCGACACACUCAUGCACUCUCAGCAUAAGGGCGGGGCGCAUUCCGACCAGCUGUACGAGGAGCUGCUAUCAACAGUCAGUCGCGGGGAUCACGUGCAGGAGGUGUCCUUCCUCCUGUGUAGGGGCGCUCCCCUUGAGCCCUGGGUUGGUAGCUCUGCCCUCAGACUGGCUGUCACCACCGACCGUUCACGUACCGUCAGCCUGCUGCUGGCGAGCGGUGCCUCACUCUCUGCCAGCCUGCUGCAAGAGGCCUGGCAGAGCCCCAACGUGACCCCGCAGGUGCUGGCCUCCCUCACCACCGUUUACUGUUGCCGGCUACGUGCGGAGCAGCGUCAACUUGCAAAGAUGAGUGAUGUCCUUGUGAAGAAUAUCAGCAAACUGCUGGAAGAAAUCGAGGGUGAUACUCCGUGGCAAGCUGCCUGGCGAGUGGGCGAGGACAUUGAACGAGCAGCUCUCAGCGACCUGCUGGCAAAGGCCGCUGCCGCCAAUUGCCCACUGACUGCAUCAUUCCUACACAGUGCAGGAGCAUGGACUUUUUUUAGCCCAACCCCCGGUCGCAGUGCCCUGCACGCCGCUCUGGAAGCCGGCCACCAGGGCAUGGCCGAACUGCUAGUCAGGGACCUCGGGGCCUGCCCGUACGUGCCGGACUCUGGCGGUCGCCUUCCCCUCCAUAUCAUGACACACGAGGAACGGCGAAAGCAGCUGGAGCAGAGGCUGUUCGAGAAGGAGAGGGAAAAGGUGAAGGAUCUUGAGCUUCGCCAGAAAGCAGAUCGUGAGAAGGCGGCGGCACGGACAGCACUGGAUGUACAGAGGAUUCUUUUUAACCUCCACAAGAAGGGCGAUGGUAAGACUGUUUCUGUAGGUGAUGGCCGCGCCUGUCUGCUGCUGGCUGCACGCAAAGGUCUGCUGCAACUGACGCAUCUGCUGCUGCGGGAGGGUCGUCGCCCAGUGGACGAGGUGCUAGACAAAGCAUGCGGCACCACCGCCCUUCAUGAGGCGGCCUCGCACGGCCAGGAUGGUUGCGUGGCGCUGCUAGUGAGCGCUGGCGCCAACAUUCAACAGUGCGACAACUACGGUCAGACGCCCCGACACCUGGCCGCCAUGUUUGGCCACACAAGCACCGCUGACUUUCUGGCCCGACAAGCUGUGCAGGACCCUCUUUGUCGCGCGAGCACCACCGCCGAGCAAGUGACGAGAGGAUUUAAGGCGUACCUGCACCUUUAUGAAAAGUAUGGCCAUAAGCCUCUAACGCCGUCUGACCGUCACGAUCCCAAAAGCGUCACGAGGAAACUUAUGAAGCAAAUAGAGGUAGGGAAGCUGAAGCAGGAGGCUCAGCGGGUGGCUGUUGACUUGUCACGGGGCGAGGCCCUUCAAAUACAUGAGGUGGUGAUGACAGAAUUAAAAGCCAUCAUGGAUAAGGUGUCAGCCGCGCAUCCCACCUACCGCGGCGACCUGAGGCUGGCGGGCAGCUCUCGGGACGGCUCCAAGUUGUACGCCCCUGACGAGUUUGACGUGAAUAUCGUGAUUCAUGAGGAUGGCACUGACAAUCCACACCUUCAGGGGAACAUUUUCAUGACCAGUCUGUACGAGGAGGUGCACCGCUGCCUCACUGACCAUACCCUGUUGGACAAAAGACUGAGCCUGGUGCCGCCGGGCCUGACCAGCACGCAGGUAGGCGUGGCGCUUGCCCUGGCCUGGCAGGGACAAGAGUACCCUCUGCUGCUGGUCGGCGUGGACUUGGUGCCGGUGCUGGAGGUGCCGUGGCCGGAACAAAUCCCCAGACCCUUCCUCACUCCCGCGGACACCACCACCAUACAGCUCAGUAAUGCCGCGGACGCCACAUGGCGCUGCAGCUUUGCCUUGACAGAGGCAAUGGUGCUGGAGACAUUGAACCCGGCAGAGCGCCAGGCACAGCUGAUGGGAAAGGUGCUCCUGUCCCGCCUCAAGACCGAGCGCUGGAUGCCACGACACAAGAAGAGCUUCUGCACCUGGUUUGACACACGGGAGUAUAACAUCCCCGUGCCGAGUGGGUUCUGCUUGAAGAACGCAUUCUUAUUGUGGCUAGAACAUAGAAGGUGUGAGGAGAGGGACCACGCCAGACACUUGAGGACGAAAGGCAAGGAGGACCUAGUAAGGCAGAGGGGAGCGGGAGGCAAAGAACCCGCCAGGCAGCUUGAGGUGGGGCGGGAGGAGGACCCCACUAGAUGGAUGGUGGAAGUGUUCAGACUGAUGUGUGCAAACCCAGAGGAAUCACCAGAGCACCUGGCAACUCUAAACAGCUCCGCCUACUUUGGAGGGGACUGUGAGGGCCGCAAACCUGGGGACGGCGCGCCCAUCAUAGUGCAGUGUCUAGAGGAGGACUUGGAAAAGUUGUGGUCUGGCUCGGCUGACCAGAGAGACCUGAGCAAAGACACCCAGGAAGCGAUGAGGAACAUAAUGCUGGCGCUGCACCUCUGGAUGCUGAAGAUGCAGCUCUACGGUGACGAUCAGCAGUGAUUCAUACCACCCUCAGUACACCUCUCUUUCACACACACACACACACACACACACACACACACACACACACACACACACACACACACCACUACUUCCCCACCAAGGACAUCACAGUGGACCCAUCUGAU